ACCGCCCACUGCCUGACGUGCCCUAGGUCCUUCCGGCGAAGGCAUCCUAGACGCUACCAUGCGGCAGUCAUACAAUGGGGGCGGGACAAGAGGGAAUUGCGUCACCAGUCCCCGCCCCCAGCAGCGUGAAGCAGAGGCCCCGCCCCUGUAUGGUAAUGAGGACUCAGUGACCGCACUCCCCGUAUAUACAGCCGCCGCGCUGCAUGCCGGGAGUUGGAGUUCCCGUCUUGCAGACCAUUUAGCUGUGAGGAACCGGAGACCCUUUACUAGAAGUCACGUAAAUGAUGUCACGGAGGAUGGACAAGGACAGGAGUCAUGUGACUGAAAGGAUAUUAAACCUCACUGUGGAGAUCAUCCAGCUGCUGACAGGAAAGGAUCACACAGUAGUGAGGAAGACAUCUGGGAAGUGUGGGACACCCAGUAGCCAUCCUUGUGUGUCAGGAGGACUGAGCAGGACCCAGAGCCCCAUCACGGUGCCUCCACCUCGCUCACUGACACAUGAGAGGCACAGUGACCAGAAGAUACUAGAACUCACCAACAAGAUCAUUCAGCUGCUGACUGGAGAGGUUCCUAUAAGGUGUGAGGACGUCACUGUCUAUCUCUCCAUGGAGGAGUGGGAGUAUAUAGAGGAACACAGUGGUCUGUACAAGGACGUGAUGAUGGAGAAUCACCAGGCAUUGAAGAUGGAUAUGACUGAGAGGAUAAUAAAUCUCUUCCUGGACAUCAUCUGUGUGCUGACUGGAAAGGAUCACACAGUAGUGAAGGGAACAUCUGGAGAGUGUGAGACACCCAGCAGCCAUCACCGUGUGUCAGGACUGGGGAGGACCCAGAGCCCCAUCACGGUGCCUCUAGCUCACUCACUGAUACAUGAGAGGCACAAUCACCAGAAGAUCCUGGAUCUCACCAACAAGAUCAUUCAGCUGCUGACUGGAGAGGUUCCUAUAAGGUGUGAGGAUGUCACUGUCUAUUUCUCCAUGGAGGAGUGGGAGUAUAUAGAGGAACACAGGGGUCUGUACAAGGACGUGACAAUGGAGAAUCACCGGCCCCUCACAUCACUGGAUGGGUCCAGUAACAGGAAUACCCCAGAGAGAUGUCCCCGUCCUCUUUAUUCCCAGGACCAUACAGAGGAGAAUCACAGUGUCCCACAGGAGAGACGGGGUGAAGAUCUUAUUGAUGUUAAAGUAGAAGAUAUAAAAGUAGAAGAGCAGACACAUGUGAUGGGUGAUCAGCAGUGUAAGGAGGAGGAAAUCCCUACAGAUAUCAGCACAGACCCAUCUAAAGAUCCAUCUACUGAUAUAAAGGAGGAAUCAGUCUCAUGUGAUGGAGACCUCACACAUACUGACAUGUAUACAGCCGCAGAUCAUACACAGAAAAUAUCUACUCGUAUAAAAAGCAACUGCAUUACAAAUACGUCUUGCUCUGGAUGUGAAAAAUGUUUUACUCUUAAUUCAGACCUUGUUAUACAUCAGAUGAGUCACACAGGAGAGCCACCAUAUUCCUGCUCAGAAUGUGGGAAAGGGUUUAGAAGUAAUUCAGAACUUCUUGUACAUCAGAUGAUUCAUACAGAUGAAAAACUGUUUUCUUGCUCAGAAUGUGGGAAAUGUUUUAAAGUAAAUUCACAUCUUGUUAAACAUCAGAUGAUUCAUACAGGAGCAUAUCCAUAUUCCUGCUCUGAAUGUAAGAAAUGUUUUAGAUAUAAAUCAGAACUUGUUAUACAUCAGAGAAGUCACACAGGUGAGAGACCUUAUUCUUGCUUGGAAUGCGAGAAAUGUUUUCCAAUUAAAUCACUACUUGUUAGACAUCAGAGAAGUCACACAGGUGAGAGACUAUAUUCUUGCUCGGAAUGUGAGACAGUGUGUAUAAGUAGUUCAGAACUUGUUAGACAUCAGAGAAUGCAUACUGGAGAGAAACCAUUUUCCUGCUCUGAUUGUGUGAAAUCUUUUACACUUAAAUCAGCUCUUGUUAAACAUCAGAAAAGUCACACGGGGCAGAGACCAUAUUCCUGCUCUGAGUGUGGGAAAUGUUUUACACAACAUCCACAUCUUGUUAGACAUCAGAGUCUUCACACCGGAGAGAGACCGUAUUCUUGCUCGGAAUGUGGGAAAUGCUUUAUACGGAAUUCUCAACUUGUUGUACAUCAGAGACGUCACACCGGAGAGAGACCAUAUUCUUGCUCAGAAUGUGGGGAAGGGUAUAGAAGUUUUCCAGAGCUUGUUAGGCAUCAGAGAUUUCAUACAGGUGAGAUACCAUUUUCUUGCUCGGAAUGUGGGAAAGGGUUUGAAGUAAAUGCACUACUUGUUAGACAUCAGAUGAUUCACACAGGAGCAUACCCAUAUUCCUGCUCUGAAUGUGAGAGAGGUUUUUCAAUUAAAUCAGAACUUGUUAGACAUCAGAGAAGUCACACAGGAGAGAGACCGUAUUCUUGCUCGGAAUGUGGGAAAGGGUUUAAAAGUAAUGCAGAACUUGUUAUACAUCAGAGACGUCACACCGGAGAGAGACCGUAUUCUUGCUCUGAAUGCGGGAAAUGCUUUACAUGCAAUUCAGAACUUACUAAACAUCAGAAAAGUCACACAAGAGUGAAAACCAUGAUAUAGGUCUGAGUGUAAGGAGAGGGAGUUAUAGUAAGACAGAACUUUUACACGAGUGCGGUCACCCAGGAGAAUACUCAUAUUUCAUUCUCUGUGUAAGAAAUGUUUUACAUGUUUAUGUUCUGCACGGCAGAAUGUGUGAUUAUUACUAAUAAUAAUAACAAGUAUUAAUAUACUCUGCACUGAGCCUGAGUGCGGUUAUCUUGAAGCUUACGCCUAGAUUUCCCAGCAUGAAAUUCACACCCCGCUAUAUGGUACCAGCUCCUUUACUGGUUCCCUACGUUUUCUGUGUAUCUCUUCUACAUCCUCAUUUGUCAUUAAUUGGUUUUCUUCCAGUCCUCAUCCUCCACCCGCUAUCAAGAUUCAGCACCAAAAGGGAGUCCCGCAAUUCCACGGAAGGAGCACACGUUGGGCUUUAGGCUUCUGUCCCAGUUAGAACCAUUCCUAGCUGACAGUAUAGGAUCUCAACUUCCUAGCAUGUGAGUGACAGCAUUGCAGUCAUUCAUCUUCUCCCAAUUUUAUGAUCCUUUCCAUAGAAUAUAUCUGUAGUCCAUGUCAGCAUUCCCAUUAACAGGUUAGCUGCCACUGGUCUUCUUCCCCUCACUCUUUUAUCCUCUCUCAUUGGACAUAUAAUUAAUUAGACUUAUCUUCUUCCAUCUCUGCUCCAAAUUUUCCCACUUGCUCUCCUCUCUUUGAUAGUUUACCUCAUUUGCUUCAACCCAUCCCUUUCUCCAGUUCCCCCCUCAUGCAAAGCACCCAUAAUUCACCUAACCUGCCAUGUUUUCUUCCUUUUUUAUUAUUUUAUGUCCCUACUCUAUCUUCUUCCAAAAACGCACUUUCUCGUAUGUCCUAGUCACCGCUGCUCUGGCCAAAUCUUUGGCCACUGACACUCUUCACACCACACCUGGCACGCUAUGCUGUCCCGUUACCUGCACAGUGCUUCUGCAUUGGCGGGUUGCUGCUGCAGGAAAUACUGCUUUUACUGCCGGCUUCAUGUACUGUACAUUUACUCUUCUGUCAUACAUCUAUGCUCUCAGUACAUUAAGGGGGUCAUUCCGAGUUGAUCGUAGCUGUGCGGGGGGAUGCCCAGCACAAAGCGUCAAUCAAUUGCAAGGCAUGGUUUUGUAUUGUAAAUAACUGGCGCUUUGACCGUUUGUCCUAACAGUACUUGUGUCCUGACAGCCUAUGGUCCUUGACGUCUACUCCCCCCUUUCCUCAGCUCACAUUUUACAUUGCCAUCCCCAGUCACCUCUCCAGCUUAAUGGUGGUCGUUCUAUAAAAAGUUAAGUUUUUUUUUUUCUAAAGCGUCCGUCAAUUAUAAGGCGUGGUUAUGGGGGUCAUUCCGAGUUAUCGUAGCUGUGUAAAUUUAGCACAGCUAUGAUCAUGUUCCCAGACAUGCGGGUGGACGCCCAGCACAGGGCUAAUCCGCCCCGCACUUCAGUCCGCUCACAGCACAAGUACAGAAGCAUCGCACAGCGGCCAUGUUUAUGUACUUGUGGAGUAACUCCCGGCCAGCGCAGCUCCUGCGGCUGGCCGGGAGUUGAUCGUCGCAGCGGCUGUGUGUGAUGUCGCACGCCCCCCCCCCCC